CGCGGAUCCCGGGGCCGAGAGACCGGCGCGGAAUCUCUCGACUGUGAGUAAGAAACUUCUUGAGCGAGUAGGUGUGUCCGAAUCCGUCGAGCACAGCGACGGAGAACUUGUGUGUAUGAGUGAGAGGGCGGCGCUGCCGGUGUGGGUGCCCAGGGAGAGAAGCCGAGGAGCCGCGAAGACCCCCCCGUUCUCGAGCGGGGAGGGACUUGAUGUGAGAGGCGCAGCCCGCGUCCCGGUCCCGGAGCCCAGCCGGGAGGGGCUUUCCGGGCCUGCCACGUCAGCGCUGCAACGACGACCUCCGCGACGCUCCGGUGGAGGGAUCCGUCCCGACUCAGCGUCGGCCGCUCUCUGCGACUUGACUUCUCCGGGCAGCGGGGGAGUCGGGGCUGGCGAUGUCAGGACCUGUCAUUUACUCCAUCCUUUAUAGUGAUGCUACAGGACAGAGAGGAAUGGAUAAAAAUAUUGGUGAGCAACUCAAUAAAGCUUAUGAAGCCUUUCGUCAAGCAUGCAUGGAUAGAGAUUCUGCAGUAAAAGAACUACAGCAAAAGCAGACUGAGAACUAUGAGCAGAGAAUACGUGAGCAACAGGAACAGCUGUCACUUCAACAAACUAUUAUUGACAAACUAAAAUCACAGUUACUUCUCGUGAAUUCCAGUCAAGAUAACAGCUACAACUACGUUUCCCUACUUGAAGACAGUGAAGCAAGGAAGAAUAAUUUGGCUCUUGAUCAGCCACAAGAUAAAGUAAAAUCUGGAACAUCAAGAGAAAAAGAAUCAAAGGUAAGAAGACAAGAGGUUUUCUCUCCUAGAAAAGAAACUUCUCCAAGGAGUCUUGACAUUCCUUUAUUCCAUGAAAGGGGUUAUAUAGAGAAGACUUUCCGUGAUCUGAAAGAAGAAUUUCAUAGAAUAUGCAUGCUAGCAAAAGCUCAAAAAGACCACUUAAGUAAACUUAAUGUACCAGCCACUGCAACUGAAACGCAAUGCUCUGUGCCUGUACAGUGUACGGAUAAAACAGAUAAACAAGAAGCGCUGUUUAAGCCUCAGACUGAAGAUGAUAUAAAUAGAGGUGCACCAUGCAUCACAGCUGUCACACCAAGAGGACUGGGCCGAGAUGAGGAAGACAACAACUCUUUUGAAUCACUUUCUAAAUUCAAUGUCAAGUUUCCACCUAUGGACAGUGACUCAACUUUCUUACAUAGCACUCCAGAAAGACCCAGCAUCCUUGGUCCUGCCCCAUCUGAGGCAACAUGCCAGGAUAAAUUUAAUAUGGAGCUCAGAGACAACCCGGGAAACUUUGCUAAAACAGAAGAAACUUUGUUUGAAAUUCAGGGAAUUGACCCCAUACUUCCAGCUGUACAAAGCCUUAAGAUAACUGACAAAACAAAACCCUCCAAUCUUGUAAACACUUGUAUCCGGACAACUCUGGAUAGAGCUCCAUGUUUGCCUCCUGGAGACCAUAAUGCACUGUAUGUAAAUACAUUCCCACUUCAGGACCCCUCUGAUGCACCUUUUCCUUCACUCGAUUCCCCAGGAAAAGCUAUCCGAGGACCACAGCAGCCUGUUUGGAAACCCUUUCCUAAUCAAGACAGUGACUUAUCAUCGGUACUAAGUGGCACAGACUCCGAACUGCAUAUACCUCAAGUAUGUGAAUUCUGUCAAGCAGUUUUCCCACCAUCCAUUACAUCCAGGGGGGAUUUCCUCCGGCAUCUUAAUUCACACUUUAAUGGAGAGACUUAAGAUGCAUUUGAAAACAGUAAUGUGAUCAUCAAGUUCUAUGUGAUGAUUUUGGAUCUGUAAUGCCAUAAAUACUUGAUUGCAAACUUAGUUCGGGAUCAUUUAUUGAAAAAUAGUUAGGAUUUUUUUCUAAACUAUAUUGUAACUUUCAUUGUCUUUUACAAGGUUAUUCUGUAAUGCAUUUUAUUCAUGUCGUACAGUGUUUACUAUAAUUUAUGUUUGUUUCAAAUGUCUAAGCUUAUUGCUUGGAUUUCUAGUUAGAUCUGUUGAAUUUGGUGAUAUCAAAUGUUUAUUGGGUUUAUCACUUAAAAAUUUAGAUUAUUUAUGCUAUAGGUAUGAUUCAUUUUAAAUAAGCCUACAGUGGAGAGUAGCAGACAACAUAAAUGUCUAACACCAAACCUAAGACAUUUGUCACCCAGUGAUAAAAUCACUGACAGGAUUACUUAAACACUUUAGAUUGUUUUUUAAGUAAUACCCAUGGUUUUAAUUUUUACUAUGUAGAUAGCUACAGGAUGAAAUGAGUUAAAUAUUGAGAGGUACUUAUGUUGUGAUCAUUAAUUUGUUCUUUGUUCCUGAGUAAAAAAAGAAUAAAGGAAAUAAAUCACA